AGGACCUGUUUCCUGGCGUGGAUUUAAAAAAAUUCUGGUUAGGACGUGGCGCCUGCGCUCCAGAUCUCUGAGAUGGAGUUGCUACAAGAGGAAUCCCCGCCAACCGUCGGGGAGGACGAAAUAAUUCACAUCUUCCUCCCCUACAAACUUCCCGAUCAUGAAACCUCGAGCAAUUCACUGAAUCAAAACCUAAUCCACCUUCUCCAGGACGCCAUCAAGGAUUGGAACUCUAACCAAAAUUUCAUCCUUAUUCCAAAAACGGCAAAAUCUUUUCGCACCUGGACACAAUUCGAGACAAAUGUCAAUAUCAAUGACCCCCCAUUAUCGGCCAGAAUUUCGAAACAUAUUCCAAAUUUGCAAGUCGGCGACUUAAUCCCAAUUUACUUGAAAGAACAAAAUGCUGGGGUUUUCAUAUCAUCAGAAAAAGAAAUUUCUCCAGACGACGUGAUCCUCUCAACCUUCCAAGCCUCAUCUAAUUGCAAUUCCGUCAUGUCAACUCAAUCCGAUCUAGUCAUCAGUUUUCCAGAACAAUCGACCCAAAUUCCAAAAUCUGAGCUGUUGAAAUCCCCCGAAUUUUCAAUAGUUCUUGACCUCCUGAUAAAAACCAAGUUCGAUAUGGCUCAACCCAAAGCAAGAAAAGCUGGACAAGAAAGAGUUGAAACGCGUGACGUGGCGGAUCCCAUGUUUGCCACGGAUUGGGUGACUCACCUCCUUUGUAACGAGGAUUCAAAAUCCUACUCAAAAUUUCCACAAAUUAAGAAGAAAAUUCGAGACGACGUCAUCCUCGGGGAGCGUGCAGCUCUCCCAUUCAGACGGAGCGGACUCUGGGCAACGGUCAAGGUUACACUACAAAUUUGUCUCAUCAGAGAAUGUGGGGUGGAGGUGGGGUCAUUUAUUUACAAGUGGACCUUACUUUCCGCGAUGAGGAGAGCACUGGAAAUAUUUCAAGACGCAGAUAAAACGACAAAUAUGAGCGAUCUGAAAGUUCAAAUGAUGCGGAAAAUUGCGAGAAGAUUGACAAAACUGGAAAUCAUCGGCAGAACAGCAGAUGACAACCGGAUUCAAAUUUCAGUUUUAUGGAUUAAAGAACAAGUCACGAAUUUAUUGUCUCGGGUAGAAAAUGAUUUGAAGUUCAAGUGGAUCUCAAUUUCUAACACCAUCCCAUCAGUAAACCGGAAUCGGGAAGAAAUUCCCAUUUCAAUGUUUGAGAAAGAAGAAAUGCUACGACAAACCUGUCCCGAUGUUGAAAAUGAAAUUGAAGCGAGAAAAUUAAAGAGGAGUCAGAAUUCUUUACAAAUUACUGACUCCAUUCCUCCCCUUCCAAAUUGUCCGGACAGACUUUCUGCACAUAAAUUCCCACCCGUUAAUGAUACAUCGACCAAUCAUGAGGCAGAUUUGGAACUUUUUGAAAUAGAAAACUGGGUUCGCCUUUACGCAGAUAAUUUUGAAAAGAGCGAGUAUUGCUCGUCUUUCAAUACACUGAUUUACUCAUACUCGCAAAAAGCAAUUCUCCACUAUCAGAAUGACCCAAUCGGGAAUGGAAGAUUAGUUUUGACGGUGCUAAAAUGCGUUCAGAUUUUGGAUAAAAUUGUCACAAAAAGUAUCAAAAUCAUAAUUCUGGAGUUGAUUUGGACUUCUUGGAUCGACUCAUUCUUCCAAGGCUUUGCGACAUGGAGAUGGCGUUCGAGUUGGAAAAAUAUUUCUUACCUAGAAACAAAGCUGGUCAAGAACCUUCACUAAUUUCAGAAUCUGAACCAAGUGAGAAAUCUUUUGGAGUGAAAUUUGCCCAAGAAUCAGAACCCAUGAUGGAGUUGCGGACACAAAUAUUGGAACUAAUUGAGACAGAAAUUGUAUCUGUCGGUCCUUUUCGAAUUGAAAAUUCCCCAAGAAAUUGCAAUUUUACGAGAUAUGGUGUACUUUUUUAAGGAGGAUAUUUUAAGCCGACCCUCCCUGGAACCAAACAGUAAGAUUGAUUCGAACUGGGUCAACUCUACUUUUGUCCUCAGUUACGCCAAUAAAAUUACCACCAACUUGAAACUUGGCAGUACUUCGACAGCCUCGGCAGCUAACCACUUGAACAGGAACAAAUCUGUGGAGGAGGACGAGAUUAAUUUCAUCUUAAACAACGGAUUUAAUCACAUUUAUCACGGGACUUCAAUUCUUAAAGAUGUCAAGUCAGAUUUUGCGGGACGGUGCACCUUCCAAAUUUCGAAUCCGAAUUCAAACUAUGCCGGGAUGCAGAGGACCAUCAAUUGGACGGAUCAUAGUCAAAAUAGCGUCUUAGCCAGACAAUGUCAAUGUCCGGGGGAUUUGUCGAUCCCAGAAUUCUUAAAAUUCGGCUCGCUUCGGUCCGGAAAUAAAAUUCAGUACAGAAAUAUUGCACUCGCCUUAACAGAUGAUAACUUGUCUUGGAAGGCAGAAGAAGUUUUUAUGCUCCUCUGCCAAGCUCAAUUUCAAUCUGGGAAAUCGUCCUCAACUCCUGAACUAGUAAGGGAAUCACAUUACGACCUCUUGGAUCCAAUUUUCGCCUCAGAAUUACUACGCAUAGUGGACAACAAGGCGGAUUCUAACGAAAAGAAGUGGAGCAACCCGUAUACAAUGUGCUGCCUUGUAGUCAUCACCGGAAGAAUUCUGGAAGUUGGAAAUGUUCGAGCGGAAGCAGCCGACUUGCUUAGAAAAUGCCGAAAAAUUGCGGUCUCUUGGAUUUCCACGCUACAAAAUUUAAUCGGGAAGGCUUACGCUGCUUCGGAGGAAUUGAAAAAUUCCUUAAAGCUAAAAAUGAUCCUGGCCGCGUUGGCCGCAACAUUAACUUUCAACGUUAGUCCAGAGCACGUCAAUCUGGUCAUGUCCACCUCCUUGGAUGUCGAAAGUUGGAUGCACGCCAUUUCCACCCUGUACAACGAAAUGUUUUGGAAUUAUCCCGGGAGAAUUAAAGUUCUUGGAAUCGCUACAAAGAAGUUUGCUACGUCUCGCAAUCUGCACCGGCGUCACGGUUGAGCCUGCCAUGCACAAAUUGCAAAAGGAUAAUGCAUUCAACCAGUUUGCCCGUCACGCCUGGAAAGUUUCUAGAUCAUUUGAAUCCCGCUGGAGUAAAUGUAGUGCCCCACAGAUUUAUGAAAGUUUCCCCGUAUUAGCCUCCGACGGAUCGGAACACCACAUUUACAUGGACAGCAUUUUUGGCCGAUUUCUCGUCGAUGGGUUACCAGUUAGCAGAUUACCGGAAGAUAUUGUCCGCAGCCCAAACUAUCAGCGGGUCUUUCAAAAUGCGGAGUUCACCGUGCAACCUAAUUUGAGGAAUGGAGUCACGAUAUUUUCAACCACGUCAAAAUAUGAAAACCGCACUUAUCAAUUCUACCAAGAAGAUGGGACGACAAUAAUUCAAGAGCUGUUUGAAAGCGUUGGAAAUCACGAAAGAUUGGAGCUUCUGCCAAAUUCUGGACUUCAAAAGGAUUUUCCGUUCUCAUUCAGUCAGAACUUUAGUCAUUGGUGGAACGAGGAGAAAAACUUGAUAGUAUUUCGUCCAAUUCAAUUUGACCUGCCGACAUUUCAAGAAAUCAAAUACACAUGGAAUCUUGGGACAAAUUGCAUCAACGAAAUUGAAACUUCCCGACAAUUGAUUUCAAUUCAUCACAACGUUUUCACCAAAUUAUGCACCGACGUGUAUAAAAUUGAACCAUUGGGGCAUAUUCAUGCUUGGUUGACCAAAUCAAAAUUAAUUGAAGUAGACUUGACACGAUUGGGAUUGAAGUUUUCCCUGAAUCCGAAAAUCCAUCGUCUUUUCUCUCGAGAAUAUCCAAACAUGUUGAUCGACCCGAACCAAAAUAUUGGAACUUUGGUCGGCCUGGAAAAUAAAUUAGUAUUAACAGAGGAAGAAAAUUGUGAUAUUCGACCAGCCAGAAAAGUAAUUGUUCCUCACUGCAGCUUUGAAAUUAUUGAAAAUGACGCCGCUGGACAUCAAAGAGUACAUUUGAAUCGUACCUCAUUAAGAAACCCUCGAUUCUUCCCGUACGAUUUAGAAUAUCAUAAAAAAUUGCUGGAAGCUCCAAGAAAUCAAGCAGCCUGGUCUUACCUUGCCGCCCAUCAUGGCGCCACCGCCUCCCCGCUUCCAGAUCUCUUCACUGGACUAACUGGAACUGAAAUGGCAUUUCAAAUCCUUCGUUCGGCACGAGUCUGGUCUUGCCAACCGUACGAUGCCGAAUGUCUGGCCACAUUUCAAAUAAUUUCUGGGUUUUCUCCAAAACGUAAAUUUUACCCGGAACAUUUACAAUGUCAGCAGCGAAUUACUUGGCCUGCCGGCUUGCCCUCGACCUGCGCUCAUGAAGGAUACACUGUCUUGGUCGAUAAAUUAAUGGAAGAUUCGGUAAAGUUGGCCCCACUUUUUUCACAAAUGGAGCAUUCUGCCAAAAUUGAGGAUAAAAAGACAAACCUUCUCCUACCCUAUAAACACUACUGGCGACAAAACAAUCUGGAUAAUUAUCUCCUCAAUAUUGAGUCAUUAAUUUAUUUGCGACCAGAACCUGUGGAAUAUGAACGGCAAAGCCUCCUCGACGCGAGAUAUUCGAUCAAUAAAAAUGUUCGCGAGCUCAGCUACAUGUGCGGGAAAUGGAAAUCGUUUUACGGAAUUCAUAAUGGAGUUAGAAUCGUACGACACCUCUUGAUUUCAUGCGCACAUUUAACAGGCAAAACCAGACGUUUAAGAGAUAUCAAGCGUCAAGACUGUGUGACAAGUUUGUCGGAUUUGUAUCCCUUGCGGAAUUGCUGGCUGGAUUUCUAUCGAUUGGCUUUAUCCGUUGGGGAAAAUGAUUAUUUUCGCCAUUGGUGGACCGUGCUUUUGACAUCUUUGGCAUUUGUGGGUGUCGAUGUUAACCAACUUAGAAUUCUUCACAUGAUAGCUGUCCACCGUGAGAGAUUUCAACAUCUUCGACCUCCAGAAUAUGCCAUCUACCCAAAUCCAGCGUCAACUUUCAACAUUCCAGACGUGAAAAAAAUUUUGGACAAUAAUUCUAAGGCAUUCAAUGAAGCAGGAUAUUCCACUGAGCGCGAAAAAAAUGAAGCCAGAUCAACGUACAAUUCCAACUUAAGAAGCGAAGUUUCUAACGUUUGCAAUGAAGUGGAAAGAAAAUGGAUUCCACGCCAAGUUUGUCAAAUCAGCAUAAACAGCUAUGGAAUUUCCGGAAUAAACAUGCACCCAGCCGAGGGAGAAAUUAACAAUCUUAUUAAAAAUUGGUAUGAAAAUUCAAAACUGGACGAAUUUCUGGAAAACUUUGAAACCAUUUUGGCAUCCGUCGUGGAAGAAAAUGAGCUGAAGAAUGAACCAUUAUUCUCAGAACUUGGCAAGCUCUCCAAUACUUGUGACCUGCCCCACCCUCGACCAAACUUUGAUCUGAGGACGAUUAUCCAAUCUGAGAAUUUAUUUCAAAUUGAUAGCUCAUUGGAGGAGAAAGUUUUCCAUCAAAUACCACGAGCCGGAGAUACCGGCGUGGAUUAUCAAGCACGUCAUUUCAGCAAAUCUGAAGAAUUCGUAGAAUGUCUGAAAAAUAUGCAAAUCCGUUCCAAGCAAGUGUGGGAAAAGGUCAUAACUUUACUAAAUGGAUCCACAUUUGGUGCCCAUUCUCUCAUCUUAUCUGGUCUUUUUCCACGCCUUGUCCCUUCCAUACUUCUCCCAACGCUUGUUUGGAACAGUGGGAAUGGAACCUGGGUAGGGAACUGGAACUUGUCCAAGGUCCAAACGUUUGUCGGGGCAGGAUGCGUUUAUUGGACUUUGGAACAGAAAAUGGCUCGAUGCAUUCGUUACCUAAGAGCGGGGUCAUCAAUGGAACUCGCGUUGCUCAGAGAGGAAGAAACCGUGGGGUUGAAAAGUUGGUCACCGUCCCAAAAUCCGGAAUGGCUUUUGCUAGAGCUAGAAUUGAACAUGACAAUUCGACCGAUGCAAGUUAAGGUCGCCCAAGCCAUGCUGGCACCUCCCUCGAAAUCUAACAGCGUCCUCCAGUCGAACAUGGGGGAAGGAAAAACCUCCCUCAUCGUCCCCAUGUUGGCCGCCUCGAUCGCAAAUGGAACCCAACUCUGUCGUGUGACCGUCAUCAAGUCAAUUUUCGAAACGAACGUGAACUCCUUAAAACACACGUUGGGUGGACUCCUCGAUCGACGCGUGCAUAUUCUCUCAUGUCGUCGAGAUAUUGAUUUCAACUCCACCCUCGUCUCCAACAUUGGGACGGCUUAUCAAGAAUGUCUCCGGAAUAGAGGGAUCGUCGUAACCUUGCCAGAAUUUCGCCUCUCCUUUCAACUCAAGGGAUAUGAAUUUGCUCGAAAGGGAAAUGUUGGACUGGCCGCACCACUUAUUUCCCUACAGUCAUGGCUGGACAUGAACAGCCGAGAUAUUCUGGACGAAUCGGACGAAAUUCUCAGCGUUAAAUACCAAUUAAUUUACACCGUCGGAUCACAAGUCCCCAUCGGUGGGGGUAAUCUUAGAUGGGAAAUCAUUCAAAAGCUUCUGAAGCGUUUACCUACAGCAAUGCGGUCAUUGAGAAGCAAUCAUGGCGAUUCUGCCGUCGAGUAUUUUUCCGAAGAUGAAAAGGACGCUUCAAUUUUCCCCUACUGCAGGCUAUUGAGGUCCGACGUUUAUCCGGAAUUGAUUAAUAACCUUGCAAAUGACUUUAUUGAUGGAAAAGUUGUCGGAUUCGUGGAACUAAAACCGCAUGAGAAAGAACUUAUACAUAAAUUCAUAACGGACAAUUCAAUCACCGUCACGGAAAUUGAAACCAUCCUGAAUUUCACCUGCAUUAAAGAUUCUGCCGAAAAACUGGAAAUUCUUCUAAUCCUGGCUGGCUAUUUAAGAUUUGGAGUUCUCGAGUCCCCACUAUCAAAACGGUGGAGGGUAAAUUAUGGCGUCAAUUCGCGAGGUCAUCGUAAACUGGCGGUCCCAUUCAAAGCAAAAGAUGUUGCGAGUGAAAGGACGGAAUUUGGACAUCCGGACAUGGCCAUAAUUCUGACACAAUUCAGUUACUACUAUUCCGGGCUGAAUGAUUCCCAAAUCCAAGAAUGCUUUGAUUAUCUGUCCAACAAAUUUCACGUCAACCCUGCCUCAGAGUAUGCAAAAUGGAUUGAAAAUGUCCCACCAAAGAAAAUCCAUCCCUCCGUGAGGGACUACAACGGGAUAAAUUUAUCCGACCAUGAGCAGAGGACGGAACAUUUAUUUCCCAUCUUGAGAAAAUCCAUGGCCGUGAUUGAUUUCUGGCUGUCGAAUUUCGUAUAUCCCAAAGAAUCCAAACAGUUUGAGGGAAAGAUGACGGGCACAGCGUGGGAUUUAGUGUCUGAAAAUCAACGCCUGUUAACAACUGGAUUUUCAGGGACAAAUGACUCAAAGAAUUUGCUCCCCGCCCUAAUUUCUCAGAAUGAUUUACCCGAAUUGGAAAGUACAAAUCGUGAGCUGGAAUCCGUUUUGAUUAGACCGGAAAUGAAUUAUCGAUCAUUUCUUGGAGACACCACUUCCAUCGACAUUUUGCAACAACUAGAACACCAAAAGAUCAAAGUUUUACUGGAUUGUGGGGCGCUGAUGCUUCAACUGGAUAAUGAACAGGUGGCUGACAAAUGGCUGGAAAUUGACACCACUCUCGAAGCCGUCGUAUUUUUCAACAAGCAGAAUUUUCUUACCGUCAAAGAUAAAGAGUCCAAGCGAAAUUCGCCCUUCGAAUUGUCCCCAUUUAGAGAAAGAUUGGAAGUCUGCGGGAUUUAUUUGGACGACGAACACACUCGAGGGACAGAUUUGAAAUUCCCGCAAGGGUCUCGAGCCUGCGUCACGCUAGGGAGUGGGCUAACCAGGGAUAAAAUGGUGCAGGCCUGCAUGCGGAUGAGAAUGCUGGGCCGUGGCCAUUUCGUCACGUUUUGGGCAUCCAACGAAGUCCACAAUAAAAUCAAAGCCUUAGCAAACUUUAACAACACCUCAGAAUUGGGGAUCAUCGGAGGGCAACAUGUUCCCGACUGGGUGAAAUCUAACAGCGAAACGUUUCAAGAGGAUGGAUUAAUUUAUUUAACAAAUUCUGCCGUAAAUUAUUGCAAGAAACGAGGAGCAGGGAUUAUCUUUGACAAGGAAAAUGCAGGUAACCAAACGGAGGAUGACUUUCUUCAGUUUGGGGAACAAUGCUCUGAACCGGAAAUAGUCAGUUUAUCAGAAAUAUACUGCCACGCGAGAAACCACGCUCUUUUUUCGACCAUUUAUCCAAAAUGGUUUGCCGCAGCCAAAAACACUUUAAGAAGAGCAUCAUCCACAUCUCCACAAAAAAUUAUGCAAGUGGAAACCUGCUUUACCAAAAUUGAAUCCGUGUGCAAGACCAGAAUCAUUACAUUCAUCCCAAACAAAGUCCACUUUUCGCAACUGCUGGAUGAAGAACAAGAAAAAGAAUUGGAAAAAGAGGUUGAACUUGAGGCCGAGAGACAGCUACCUGGCGCAGCCAAUCCACACCUUCACAAAUUGUCCCUUGGACUUUUGCGAGCAUUAAAUAACAACGGCGUCAUUCAGUAUGGGACAGCUCACGACAUAUUUUCAAUCGCUCAUGUUUUCAACGAGACCACAGUUAAGGAUAAGCUUGAACCGGAAUGCUGGGGUGGGUCAGUUUUAUGCACAGAAGAUUUUCUUAAAACGGUGGAAAAAGAAUCAAAAUUGGACACUUUAACGGAUUUCCUACGCCCGGUAAAUUGGAUCGUUAAACUUUACGACACAUCCCAAAAGCCAAUUCUUGUCGUCAUCAGUCCUUAUGAAGCGAACGAAUUAAUUUCAAAAUUCAGAGGGGGGAAAUUCAACGCGACCCUGCACCUGUUCAACGCUCGGACUUUGCCCAAUCAGAAAAUUUUGAUUGAUAACCCUAAAUUAACGGUACCCUCGGCCAAUAGCCCAACGAAUAUCGCUCCUUGGAUCCCAUUACUGCCAUCGCUGUUUCUCUCUGCGGGAAAUCUGUAUUUCGAAAAUUUUGCGGAAGAAGCGGCAUUUUCCACCUGGCUUGGCAUCAUCCCUCGUCCGAGGGGAAUUUUGCAGCAGUAUUUUGAUCGAGGUUUGAUUUCUGCCAAAAAUGGAUUUGUGUCGCGAGAAAAUCGAGGGUUUCCGGGUUGUCCAAUUCCGACGAGUGCUUUUCAUUCGGAUCCUGAAGCGCUGGUUACGGAAAUAUCCAGGAUUCGAAAUCAAUCCCAAUUUCCGGCAGAUUCUCACGUCGCAAAUAUUGUGGUGAAUGGAAUGAAAUAUUUCGAUAUAUAAGAGCGGCAAUGGUUAGACUUAGUUGAAUUAGUCUGUUACAAUUUAUUUUAAUUAUGGAUUUUUCAUAUUUUUUUCUUUAGACGCAGAUAAAUGAGAAAAUUUUCGUCAUAAAAAUUAAGAAAAGGCUGCUUGAUCUACAACUACAUGUUUUUUGCAGAUUAAUAUUUGAUCUACAAUUUUGACGAUAUUUUAUUGAUAUCUUUGUAAACUUCAUGCAAUCUUAAAUGUUAAAUGACUAUUCAUUAAUUUAUUUACUAAUGUACGAUAAAUCAAGUUAUCAUACAGGUUAUUUCUACUAUUUUAUUUUAUUUGUUGUAAUAUUUGUAAUUCGUUACUUAAAGAGCUGUUGACACAGAGAGAAUAAAGAAUAUGAAAAUGA